GGCCUUCCACCACUCGUCGAUUUUCAGAUUGAUUUUCCUAUGAUCCGAUAUUUACAUCACACAGGAAACUGUCACUUCCCAAAAUUCCAGCCUCAUUAGGCGUUGAGACGAUUUAGUCUCAUUACAUAGGAAUUCGCGAAAGAAAAGAAAAGGCAGCUGAACAGUCAAGAUGCAAGACGAAAAAAUUGUUAUGACCCCUACCAAAAAGGGAAACACAUCAUGUAUAAAAAUAGAAAAAGUUCCCAAAUUCUCCCUGGAUGAGACAAAAGUUGCACAUCAAGCUGGUGGCGAACACAGUGGGCUUGUCAUCAAUAAAAAACAAGAUGAGAGUGGUGAGGCACGAAAGCAAGAUCUACAACUAGAGUUCAAAUGUUUCCUGGUUGAUGCUAAAACUGGCAGUCAUGUCCCUGAAAACCGAGCAUUAAAAUUCUGGUUUCAAGAGGGCACUGACUAUUUAGAUAAAGUAACCGGGGCUUAUGAAUUCUUCAAAGAACUGGUAAAGCCUGAUAAGUUUCCCAGAGAUUACGUCGGAUUCAUCAAGAAGGUAAUGAAACAGCUGCAGGAUGCCAAAUACACUCAGAUAAAGAAGGUUGAUUGUGAGCUGACCCCUCUAGCCAGUAGUGAUGAACCUCCACCCAGUCCAGGAAAAAAAGUGGAUACAAGACCCAAAGAGGUGAUCAUGCAAGAGAACCUUCUACAAAUCUUAGAGUCUGCAUAUCCAAAUAUAUUACAUAUGGAGGACCUUGUUAAUCACAAUCUAGUCAGGAUCACUGGUUCAGUUGAGGAGACAUUUAUUCACCAACAGCUGCUUGUACUCCAAGAGAAGGGACUUAUAACAGAGAGAGAGAAUGGAGCUUGGGUCAGGAAAGUCAAGGAUGAAGCUGCAAAGGUGCAAGUUGUGAACAACAUGCCUGUUUAUCACAAGAAGGAAGACAAGCCCACCAUUGCCAUCAUAACCUCAGACUACUAUGAGAAACUGGCUGUCGAUUCCAUGAUUGAGGACAAAACCACAUUCGUCAAAUACAAAACUGAAGGUGAAUCCAAUGUGUAUACUAUUGGUUUCAUUGGGCCCCACAAGGUUGUCUCCACAAAACUUCCCCAGAUUGGUCGCCAGAGGGCAGCACAGAUCUCCUCUGGCAACACUACCACACGAUUGUUAGGUAGUUUCUCUGAGGUGGAACAUGUCUUCCUGGUUGGUGUAGGAGGUGGGGUUCCCCAUUACACCGAUUUCUACAAGCAUGUGAGGCUUGGUGAUGUCGUUUGUUCUGCUCCAAAUCACAAGGGCAGCUGUUACAUCUAUUGCGACAAGCUGAACAUGAAUGAGGAAACUCAGGAGAUCACAUACACCUUGAAGAGCUGGUCCCCUCCCUCGGAUAUCGCAUUGAAAUUGAUGCAAACCAUGCUGGAAGAAAAUGCCGCCAACCUCAGUAAUUCUCCCUGGGAAAAAUUUGUACAGGAGGGUCAGGAAUACUUACAAGUCCAGGAAGCUGAUUUCUCGCGCCCCCUUCCAGAGUCAGACAGACUCUACAUGAAUAUCGGAGGUAGUGAUGUCAUUGAGGUUGGACAUCCUCCAAUCCCUGAUGAUGCCGAAUAUCGCCCUAAUGCACCAACAGUUCGUCUGGGAACAUUUGGAGCUGGAAAACCAAUAGUGAAAGAUGAUGCCAUAAGACUGGACUUUGCUGCAAGGCAGAAUCUCAUGGCAUACGAUGAUGAAUUCGAUCAAGUGAUGGAAUCUAUUGUCGGAAAUAGGAAGGAUAGUUUUAUGUUCAUCAGAGGCAUAGCGGACUAUUCUGAUGGCACUAAGGGCAAAGAAUGGGCCCCAUACGCCUCACUUGUAGCUUCUGCAGCUAUGAAGGCUAUUAUCCUUAGAUUGCCCACAUUGGAUAGUCAGCCUUAAUAAUACAGUUCUAUACCUGAAUGUAGCAUAGCUUUUUGUACUACUAACCUACAUCUAGGCCAUGGGAGUGUUGUGCAAAAGUAAAAUAAAUUAUGCUCCGUUUAUAAUAAAAUCUCCCAAAAGUGAACACUCUUGGAACAAUGUAAAAAUUGUUUAAGACUGUUCACCUUAUAUGGGGGUACAAGCUAGAAGUUUUACUGUAUUAUCGUUUGAAUAAGAUAACAAUAAUGCUCUGCUGCAAAAAAUCAAUGUAGGAUAGCUAUUUAUUUCAAUACUUGGGUCUCAUAUAGUUAAGGUCUGCUAACAUUGAUAUUAUAAAUGAGAUGGUAGAAAAUAUUAACUAGAAUGCUUAAUUUUGCCAAAUGCACAAUGCUGACAGCCUGUAAUGUCCUUUUUGAAUAACAUUUCUCAAGUAUGCAGCAUCUAUCAACAUAAGCUAAUGGGUGAGGUUGAGUGUCUGAGAUUUAACAAGUAUGAUUAUCCUACAUUGGUCUAUUGCAGUGGUUUAUGUAAUUAGAUUAUAUGUACUCUUGCUUUCUAAAUUUAUCUACUUUUGAAUAUCAUUCCCAGCAGCACUAAACUCCUGCUAGUCUACUAUUGUGUUCAGCACGCUAACAUUAGUUUAGUGCGCAGGCCCCUGAUGUGUCGCUUUAAGCACUAGGUCCCUGAUGUGGCGCUUUAAGCACUGUAUAGAGAACCAACAAUAAUGGCUAGCAUUAGUUAAGAAUACAGGCCCUUGAUGUG